AUGUCGUGCCACCAACGCAUCACCGUGCAGUUUGCCGGAGGCUGCGAGUUGCUCUUCGACAAGCAGACGGCGUUGCAGCUGGACGGGGUUGUCCCUCACGAAAUGACAGUCAACGGACUGGUGCAGCUACUGAAGGCAGACUAUGUGAAGGAGAGGCCUGAUCUUUUUGUUGACCCCACUGGAACGGCGCUCCGUCCAGGGAUUCUCGUACUGGUGAAUGCAUGUGAUGCGGAUGUCCUGGGUGGAUCGGACUACGUGCUGUGCGAUGGCGACACCAUCGAGUUCAUCUCGACACUGCACGGUGGUUGA